GUGAACAUCCUUACGCACAAGUUCAUGCCAAUGGAGUAGCAGGUGGAUCCACUGCAAAGCACAACAACUCUGCUGUACCAUCAGCAUCAUCACAACCGCCGGAGCACAGUGUUAGCAGUCCAACAGCACCGCCGCGCAUGCGCAAAUCACUUGCGCUGUCAGACAGCAGUUCACGUGACUCUCUGCCGCCUCCGCACGACUCGAUUCCAGCCGCCUCCGCUAUAGCGGGCAGCAUCGCCGCCAGCCAGGAACUGCCCUAUAUGACGCCGCCCCUCGUUCUCUCUGCCGCCUCCACGGCAGCCCCCUCCGCUUCUAACCAGCAGCACUUUAGUGGCGAUUCGCAGGAUUCCAGCAAAGGCUACACAAGCAUCAGUGUUCGAGAGCCUUUGUCGACGAUUCUUGGUGAGAGGAGUCGAUCUCAGCGACAGGAUUUGAUCGAUUCACACUACAUGACUGUGUCUGAUGACUCAGACGAAAUGUACGCGGCAAUCGAAGAGCCAGGCCAGGCUGUGUACACGAGUGGGAGUGAGACGUACGCGCGCAUCCGUCCCAACCCUCUCCCUCAGACGAGGCCUCCUCCCGCUCCCGUUCCCCCCGAAGACAGAGACAGAGAGCUGGAGAGGCCUCCCUCGCAGCAAGCCAGGCGGAUGUCGCAUUCCCGGCAAGCAUCAUCAUCUUCAUCAGCCAGUUCGGGGGGCAUGAGCCCCAACUCGCCCAAGCCCGAAAAGCGGCAAGCCCACUCCCCCUUCCGCGCCACCCCCUGA